AUGUCAAAGUCAGCUAGAAGUCAUAUAACUGACUUCAAGAAAUCGUAUAUAAUGAAGUGUUUGCAGAAAAAAUACGGCAAUAUCGAGACGUACGUAGAAAAGCUGGAUAAAUUUUAUCAAGCCGAAGAUUAUCAUCAGAAAUACUGGUUACGAUGCAGUCGUAUCUUUGACGAGUUAAACCUUAGCGAUGCUCAAGUCGUCGACACUACUUUGGCUGCUAAAGUAAGUGCAAAUUAUUCUCGCAAACAGAUGAACGCCUACUGCGCUGGGUAUACCGACUUUUCGGAACUUGAAGAAUUAAAGAAGCAGCAUGGAUUGUCGGAGAGCCUUGUGGAGAGAGUGAAGAAGAUGGCUUCCUCAGGCGGUGAUCCCAGAGCAUGCCAUUGA